AUGUCUCACCUGCAUUUGUUUAUAUUGCAUUUAUUAGUAGAUGGCAAGUUCAUCAAGGAAAAGGCAUUUUGGAGCCCUGAAGAUGUUGAAACAUUUUGUAAGUUAUGCGUUGAACAAAUUGACAAUGACAAUCGUCCUGCAAACAACAAAAUAGAUGGAUGGACGGUUAUAAUUAAGAAGUUUGAGGACCUAAAGGGCAAAAAGUAUGAUAAAGGUCAAAUGAAGAGUAAGUGGGAUAAUCUUAAGGAAGAUUGGAAAAGAUUGAGGACAUUGAUCCUUAAGGAAACUGGAUUAGGAUGGGAUCCAAAAAAGAAUACCAUUGAUGCAAGUGAUGAAUGGUGGGAGAGGAAAAUUCAGGAAAAUCUUAAGGUUAGACAUUUUAGAAUGAAAGGCAUACAUCCAGAUCUUCAAGUUUUAUUGGAUAGAAUGUUUGGAGAUACUGUUGCCACUGGGAGCAUCACAUGGAAUCCUACACAAGGCUUACAUAUUGAUGAGAAUGUUGUCGCCGCACAAUUUGACAUCGGUGGUUCAGCAGGAGCAGGAUUUACUGAUGAUAAUAUAGAGGAUGAUGUGGGUGAAAAGAGCAGUGAACAACAUCGAAGUGAUAAAAGAACGUCGCAGAGUUCGUUAUGGAUGGCUCUUCUGAAAGAGAAAACCAUGAAAAAGAGGAAGAAGAAUAUUGGCAACUUUGUGUAG